AUGGCAAUGAUUGAAGUUCACAUUUUCACAGGUAGAGCACAAGUGUUCACCUUUUCGCCAGCUGCCAGCAACUGGGUUCCAAGCAGCAAUACACCAGCCACUUUGUUGAUGUACCACCACCAAGGCAACAACACUUACCGUGUCAUUGGACGUGCCUCGGAAGACCUCAACAACAUUUUGGUCAAUUUUUCAGUCACCAAGGAUGUCGUCUACAAACGUGCUUCGGAGAACUUCCACACUUUCUCUGACCAACGUACCCACUAUGGCAUCAACUUUGUGUCGAGAGACGAGGCCGAGGCAUUUGGCUCGGGCUUUGAGAAUGUGUUAAAGUCGGUCAAGGGAGGUGCUCCAGCCCCCGCCCCAGUCGCCGCUGCUCCACCAGUCCCCCAACCACAACCGGUUGUCGCCGCCAAGCCACAACCAGCCGCUCCACCCGCCCGUCCCCAAUCGACCGUCCUCAAUAAACCCCCUGCUCCUCCAGCCGGCGGCCCACCCGUCCCACCACCCUCUGCACCUGCCCCACCCAAGCCACCCGCUCCACCAGGUCCACCACCCCCACCCCCCGUCUCCAAGCCUGCUGGCGGUCAAGGCCGUUCCGCACUCUUGGGCUCGAUCGAAGGGUUCUCCAAGGGUGCCCUCAAAAAGACCGUCACUGUCGACAAGAGCAGUCCACUUGUUGCCAAUGGCCCAGCAGCCCCACCAGCCUCUGGCGGCGGUGGUGCCCCAGCAGGAGGUGCUCCAGCCGGCGGUGCUCCCAAGCCAAUGGGUGGCGGUGGCGGCGGUGGCGGCAACAUGAUGGCCGAGAUGUUGGCCAAGAGAAACAAUAUGAAAAAGGCAGCUGCUGCCGAGCCAACAGAGUCAUCGGCCCCAGCUCCAGCCCCAGUCCACGUCCCCAUCCCCAAAAAAGGAAACCCCAGCCCCCUCAUUUGUCAAACCCGAACCAAAACCAGUUGCCUCUGCUCCCAAGCCAAAACCACCUCCAACUGCCAACCGUCCAAAAAAGAGUUACAAAAGAUGAAAGAAGAAAUCAUUGAUGCUCUUAAAAAUUAA